GUCCUUCAACCAGAAGCGAACUUCAUCACUGUAAACUGGAUGGUAGAUGGAGUAGAUUUGCACGGGACCAAAAUCAACCUCUGUGUUAGUAUAACUCGUGUUUGAAGUCUGUUAGCAGGAGCCUGUUAGCCACUUGGAGAGAAACUUCCAGAAACGCGUGUUUGUCACAGCGAGUGACAAAGAGGAGACCAUGAAUGACAGCAUGCUAUCUAAGAAGAAGGAUGAACAAACCUCAUUGCUGGACAGCUGGGAGGACGUUGGAUCUUUAGAAGACUUAGACGAUGAUUCUGCUGUCGCUAUUGACUCUGUAAAAAGCAGUGCAGACUCAGACCCAGAUCCUGUAGGUCAAGUCGAGGAAUGGUUGGAUGUUUUAGGUAAUGACCAACUAAAGAAAAAAGUCUUGGAGGCAGGGCAAGGGCGAGAGAGUCGGCCACAGAAAGGACAGAAUGUCGUGAUUAAUCUUAAAACCUGCCAGAAGGAUGGGACACUGAUAGAGCAGCAAACAAAUGUUGCGUUCACUUUGGGAGACGGUGAUAUCAUCCAGGCUCUGGAUCUCACAGUGCAACUCAUGGAAAUGGGAGAGAAGGCUUUCAUCCAGACAAAUGCAAAAUAUGCAUAUGGCAUCCAUGGCAGUCAUGAUCCUGAGGUCCCCCCCAAUACUGACUUGUCCCUAGAAGUUGAACUGCUGGAAGCCACUGAUGCUCAGGACCUGGAGCUGCUGCCUCCCAUUGAAAAGAUAGCACUUGCCAAUCUGAAGAGAGAAAGGGGAAACAUUCACUAUCAGCGUGGAGACUAUGCUUUUGCUGUGAACUCUUAUAGCAUUGCGCUGCAGAUAACAGAGUCUAGUUCCAAAGUUGACAUUAGUCCCGAGGAGGAGAAUGAGCUAAUGGAUGUGAAAGUAAAGUGCUUAAACAACAUGGCCGCUUGUCAGCUGAAACUGGACCACCAUGAUGCAGCCCUUAAAUCUUGCGUCUCAGUUUUAGCCCACCAGCCAGAGAAUGUAAAAGCCCUUUUCCGCAUGGGCAAGGUAUUAGCCCUCCAAGGUGAAUACACUGAAGCCAUUCAAAGUUUGAGGAGGGCACUGAGGUUGGAAGCAAAAAACAAGACUAUCCACGCAGAGCUCUCCAAGCUUGUGAAAAAGCACUCUGACCAGAGAGGAGCCGAGCAGGCCAUGUAUAAGAAGAUGCUGGGUAACCCCACGAGUAGCACCAGCAGCACACGCAAAGAUCCAGAAAAAUCCUCAUGGACUAUCAGCUGGAAGUGGCUGUUCGGUGCCACGGCAAUAGCCAUCGGCGGCGUAGCAUUUUCUGUUUACAUAGCUGCUAGAAACUGAACCAAGCCUGUAGUGAAAGCCUGACCCCUGCUAAGUGAGAGCCUGAACUCAGAAGCACAACUGGCAGUGACUUCUUACCGUUGGUGAAAUGGGGGUAGAAAUGCCAGUAGGGUCAGUCGCCUAUUCACUGUCACCCUCAUUUCUCUACUAUGUUUGAGAAGUUUAUGUAACAAAUUUCAAAACAUCAAUAUUUGCAUAUGGGAAAUGUUAUUCCAAUCUCAUGAAUGUGAAUGCAUAUGUGUCAUGUUUCCAGACCAGUUUAUGUUGCUGCUGUUGUUUCUGUCUUUACCAGUUGAUGUUGAAAAUUGAAGGAGGAUUGAAAAUGAAGAAUGGAUUAUCCUAGAUUCAUGUAUAAGAUAUUUAUGAAAUGUUAACACAAAUUCAUUGCGAUAUGGUCCUUCAAGUUGUAGUUAAAUUAACAAAACCUCAGAGAGUAUCAUGGGACCGCACCAUCAGAAUCAUUUAAAAACUGUUGGCUGAUAAAUAUAAAUUAAUAUUGCACUGGUUUGCAACAUAAUGCUCUUAUACUCAUGUGUACAAGCAUCAGCUCUACGUCCAGCAUUCCAAAAUAACUUGUUUUAUGUCAACAGAGGUGCAGUUGCCUUUUAAAACAAGAAUAUUCCUGGUUUUUCAUAGUGAUGUGUCUGGGAAGAAUGCUGAGGGAUAGUUUAUUUUUUGACACAACAAUUGUUGAUAAAGAAGACCAAAUGCUAAUGAAUCACCCUUCAAGUAUAAUGUUGGUUUGUUAAAUGUCACAAUAUUUCCUCUUUGCUUUUUUUAUGUUAGAUCAAAUGUGACAAAUGCUUUUUUAGUCUAGUUGUCAAUCUGAGACAAAACUGUAAAUGACAAAUGAAGUGAUCCUGGCAUUCCCUGUAUUUGUUAAUUUUAUAUUUAUUACAACAAUAAAAUUUAGUCUAUCAACA